GGAUGAGCAGGGUUACUCCGCCCAGGUGGUGGUGUAUGGGGAUGAAGCCUACGUCAUGCAAGAGGUGGAGACGGAAGGAGAAGGAGAAGGAGAUCCCAACAGUUUGUUGCUGCUACCACCAGGUGUCACCAUGGGGAGAUCUCUGGAGCUCCUCCAGCUAUCAUUGGGGUCUCUUUGGCUGCUUCUCUGAUUAAUGCGAUUUAUGAUUAUUGGAAUAUAUGGGUCUGAAUCACAGUUUUUAUAUUUUUAUUUGUAAAACAUGUAGAAACCACAUGUCAUUUUCCUUGUACUUCACAAUUACACACGUCUUUGUGUUGGUCUAUCAUAUAGAAUCCCAAUAAAAUCCACUGAAGUCUGAGGUUGUAAUAGCAAUAAUGUGCACAUUUUAUCCAUGGUACAGAGUGAAAGGGUCAUCUUAAACUUUAAUUUUAGUGUCUUUGAUUUAUUUUUUUGUUUGCUAAAUGCAACAGAGGAGAAGAUCCAGAAAAACCAGGCUGUAAAAGCUGACAGACCUUGGUGUUCUUAGGUCGCCACCUUGUGGAUAGAAUUUCAAUAGGUUAUGUAUAAACAAGAACAGAUUUACCAACCUGAUGUUAAUUAAUAGAUCAAUAGUUAAUCUGUUAAUAAUGUCAGUCAGUUUCUGAAUGCAUUCAGAAACUGACUGACAUUAGUUAGUUUUGCUCUUUCUUCUGAGCAUAUGUUAGCAGAAUAAAAAAUCGUUUUUGCCUAUUUAGUAACUGAAAUUUAGAUUAAUAAAAUAUUUAUUUUCUAAAGCAGUUUGCUGCUCACCAAAAAUUAAACUGCUACUCCAUGAAACUUAAACAUGUCAUGGUUUGCUAGGUAUUUUUGUUUUGGUUAAAUUAGAAAAUUAAUAACUUUAAAUUGACCCACAUUAACAAUGGAUUUUUGGGGUUAUUUUUUUUACUGUGUAUGUGAGCAGGUAAUUUGAUAAUUUUGGGAUUUUUACCAUUUGGCACUUCAGUUGUUCAGUAUGCAUUUUUCUUGGUAGGAGAAUGUUUUCCAUUGAACAUAGGUAUGUCUCUUCAUGCCUUGAGGACGUUUUCUACUGUUUUAUACAUAAAGAUAAACUGAUUUGUGUAGAGCUUCUCUGAUCAAUCAGCCGGAAUCAAUCAAUCAGUUUUUCCCUGCUUGUCUGGACAAACACUGAAAGCUCCCUUUUUUUCUUUAGCUCCUCCGUAAAUUUAUCAAAACUAAAAACGUUCAUAAUUUUAUGCCAAAAAAUGCAUUAACCAAUCUCAUGUUUACUCUGCUAAUAUGUCAGAUGUGCACUUUUUUUGGAUAAUCGUUAGUGACAUAAAAUUGAAUGCAUAAAAAAAACAGUAAUUCUUUCCUUUUCAGUUUGACUUAAGAUUCUUGCCAUUGUCAAAGAACUUAGCACAUUUAUUCUCUUUUGUAAUAUAUUAAUAACAUUUAAAUAACAAUAAAAAUUAACUGUACAAAAAUUUACUGGGAAUUGGCCAAUGAAAGCGUGGCUAGUGAAUCUCCAGAUUUGUAAUUAGUUUGUAAGCAAGUCAUCCGCUUCUGGUUGUGCUUGUUGCUUCAAAUCCAUCUUUCAGUAAAAUCUGCACUUUAACACCUUUCGUUAUUUCUUGAAUUUUAACUUCAUUAGAAAUUUUAUAUGUUAUUUUAAAAAUAACCGAUUGUAGUUCUGAGUUAGAUGCUGAAAUUAAAUAAAGUUGCAUGGUGAAAAAAACCCAGCAGCUAUAUUUGACGUAUGAACUACGCAGCAGAGGGAGGGCCAAGGGAGGACUUCCUGUGUCGCUCGCGGAGGGAUUUAUACAUUCUGGCGUGAUUCGUCUCGUUGAGAUUUUGCCUCAGCUGCGGAGUGAUCCAAACAGUGAGAAGUCAAUGAGAAUCUGCAGCGAGAGGUGGAAACAUGGCGACUUCACAGCAUGAGGGGCACGCAAACCAGCUCGAUCUGCUCAUCAGAGCCGUGGAAGCUUCUGGCUACAGCAACGUCCACUGCUCUGACAAAACUAUCGAGGCGGCAGAAGCGCUGCUGCACAUGGACUCACCAUCCAGCCUCAGAGAAGACCGCAGCCCAGAAGCUUUUACACCACAAAGUGAAGCUGCACCAGACUUCCUCCAUGCUGCCAUGCGGCCCGACGUGAUUGGAGAAACGGAGGUGGAGAUUACCACUGAGGACUGCUGCGAGGAGGAUGAGGAGGAGGACGAAGAGGAGGAGAUGGUCACCUCACUAGAAGAGCCAGAACCCGACAACGAGCCUGUCAGAAAGAAGCGAGCUGGGCGGAAAACGAAGGCGUCCCAGUCGUCCAUUUCUAACGGUGCACCAGAUCUGAGCUUCAAGAAGAAACCAAGAGAGGGCAAAGCAGGUAGCACCACUUAUCUAUGGGAGUUCCUGUUGGACCUCCUCCAGGACAAGAACACCUGUCCCAGAUACAUCAAGUGGACCCAGAGGGAGAAAGGCAUCUUUAAGCUGGUCGACUCCAAGGCCGUUUCCAAGCUUUGGGGUAAACACAAGAACAAGCCAGACAUGAACUACGAGACUAUGGGGCGGGCGCUCAGAUAUUACUACCAACGAGGAAUCCUCGCCAAGGUGGAGGGUCAGCGGCUGGUUUACCAGUUCAAAGAGAUGCCUAAAAACAUCGUCAUUAUCGAUGAGGACAAGGCGGAAAUGUCUUCUCCCGAUGACCUCAUGAGUUCAGAGUCGCAGUCGUCCUACGAUCGCGUGCCUCCGCCUUCAGAAAGGUUACUGCAAAACUCAGAGCUGUCGUCUCCCAGGAGACCCAACAUCCUGCGUGGCUCCAACAGACCAAUCGUGGUCCAAAAUCCUGCCGCCACAGUGAGCGGACCAGCGGUGAUGGCGGCAGCGCCGAGGAUAGUGACGGUUUCGGCAGCGCCCGACAUGAGCCAGAUCCCGAAUGCCACAGCGCCGAGGACGGUUCGAGUGGCGAUGCAGGUUCCGGUUGUAAUGACGUCUUUGGGCCAGAAGAUCUCCACCGUCGCCAUGCAGCAGCCAGCAUUGACGACGGUGGCCCCGGGGCCCACCACCCUCCUCACUAACGCGUCUCCAAUCACUGCUGCUGCUGCUGCUAAUCCUAAUUCACAACAGAAGGUUGUGAUCCAGACUAUCCCAACAAUGGUCCCAGCCACAGCGGAGAACGGAGACAAGAUCACCGUCCAACUGGCCAAGAUCAUCACCAUCCCAGCCCACCAGUUAACCCAGUGUCAGCUACAGGCCUCCACGGGGGGCAACAAACCCAACAUGGCCGCCUCGUCUACGGGCAUCAGCCUCUUAGGAAGCCCCCUGACGGUCCGAGCCCUCGCUCCCGUCAACGUCGCCCCGGGGGCGCAGGUGAUGAGGCUCACCGUACCGACGCAGACGCAACCGCAGACUCUGAUGGUGUCGCCGCCAGGAAGCAUCGGCUGUGGCCAAGCGGUGGCGACGCAGUCGCACGUCAUCGGCGGCGUCAUAAACGGUUCGGAUUUGGUGAUUGGCGGGCCGGGCGGGGUUACGGUGGAGAAGCUGAAGGCUGCAGGAGUGCAGCUCCAGACGGUGCAGGUUCCUCUGAAGGUCCAGCAGAACCAAGUGAACCCAAAGACCGUUCAGAACAUCAAAUCAGAAGCCACAGACACUGAGGUGGUUAUGAAACUGGAAGCUCCACGUGCAAUUAAGACAGAGGAGCCGGAGUGUUGAGUUACUAACAUCUGUUCUUUCCUUUCUCACCUCCUGAGAAGUUUGUUUGUACAUUUCUGAAGUUCUUUUUACUAUAACUUGUAAUAACCAGCAGCAGACUCUUGAAGGACGUUUCUUUGUUUUUGAGUCCUGAAAGUGUCUUCACAACUCCCCUGGACAAAGAGCCGCUCAGUCUCCCUCAGAACGGCAAUGGAGCCUUGGACCCAAACUGAGAGGUUCAGUAAGGAAAAAGCAACGGGACCAACUUUGAUCACUACACAACGGAUCACAUGCACUGGGUCCCAAUUGAGGAUGAAUAUGAAACUGCAACACUAAACAAACAAACAAAAAAAAGUAAAUAAAAAGGAUUACAACCAAAAAUGUAAAUAGAAAAAGAAACAGCGGAGAGUAAAGAAGGUUCUUUUUAAGAGUGUUCAUUUCUACAGAUGUUAAAAACCAGCAUUUUCUUGUUUUUAAACUUGCAUCACUGUGUGAAGAAAGCGCGAGAGGACGAGAUGAAGGAGAUUUGGGCUCUCAUUAGGAACGAUAUCAGUCAUGUUUGUAUAUAUUUAUAUAACUAUAUAUAUAUAUCUUUACAGUUUACUGAGCUAACAGUAACAGACAGCCUUAGGUUUUAAUUUGAAAUGUUUCUUUUCCUGAACAGUAAGCUGUUUUGUUUUUCUUUUGAUACUUUGUACCAUGCACAGUGUUAUUGAAACUCUGAACUGUUGGACUUUUUUUUUUCCCCUCUCCCUCGGUUUGGCUGCUGAUGCUGGUGUAGGUUGACACUCGUCCACAGUGUGCUUGCAGUGUGUCCUUCAGCGUCCCUUAAAAACUCCCCCCAAACCUACACUUAGAAAAUGGAUUUAUGAGUUUUAAAAUGUGUUACUUGUUAGUGCAGAAUGUUCUGCCGGCAGGCUGCAUGCAUAUGCAAUAAAGUAAGAUGAAUCUGAGCCAAUGCAUGCUGCCACAUCUUUACAGAAAAAGUCAGCGUUAUUUCAAUAAUCAAAAAAGGCAUCAAAUUAUGCAAAACGGCUGCAGGGCAUAUACAGCGAUCACCACUGUGGAUCCCUCUGAUCACUUUCAGAACAGAGGGUCAAUGUGUCAGUCUGCCGUGUUGGUCCUGCCGCAGCAUUUCAAUAGUUUCGUUUUUCUGAAAAGAGGGAAGAUCGUCUGUGUUCAGACUGAACUGUUUGUAUAUUCAACAUUUGAAGCAUAUUCUAUUUUGUUGUACUCUUGUUUCAAAGCGUAUUAAAGUAGAUUUUACUGAAAUACAAA